GGCUUUUCAUAGCCGAUCAGGAUUUCUACCACACCUGCUGUCUCGAGUUGAAAACAGCAUGUCUGGGACAGGUAGCACGUCCAGUGAACUGGUCAGGAUUCUAUUAAACUCCACAAUCUUUUAAAUGAGGACUGUGCCUAAUUAUUUGCAUGCCUGUGAAGUAAGAAAUACACGAACUAAUUUAACAUGAUACACUGGCUAAAAUUAUGGUAGCGCUUCAUAAUAAAAGCAACAAUGUGUUAUUUUUAGUAACGUUGUGGCAACAUUUGAAAUGCCCAAUGGAAUGACAACUAUAUAUAAUAGUAUGUAGAACAUAAAAGUAGGCCUAUGAUGACAAAUAAUUUGCACAGACAGCCCCCCUUGCGCGAUUUGCACACGAUUCCUGUUGAAAGACAUGCCGGGAGAUUUCGCUUGAACACAAUUUACGCAGCGGAUUGAUUCAUUUUACUAGCUAACUAGCCACUACAGAUAUAGGCUUGUCUACUGCAAUAAAAUUACUUGCCCUACGGUUGUUCUUGAAAUAAAUAAAAAUGACUGGAAGCGCAGGAGAAUGGUGUCUUAUGGAAAGUGAUCCUGGGGUUUUCACAGAAUUGAUCAAAGGCUUUGGUUGUAAAGGAGCUCAGGUUGAAGAAAUAUGGAGUAUGGAACCAGAGAACUUUGAAAACCUGAAACCAGUUCAUGGGUUGAUCUUCCUGUUCAAGUGGCAGCCAGGUGAGGCACCAGCAGGCUCUAUCGUUCAGGAUUCAAGACUUGACAACAUCUUCUUUGCCAAGCAGGUGAUAAAUAACGCAUGUGCUACCCAGGCCAUUGUGAGUGUGCUGCUGAACUGCACUCACUCUGACAUGCUGCUGGGAGAGACACUCACAGAGUUCAGAGAAUUCUCACUCAGCUUCGAUGCUGCUAUGAAAGGUCUGGCUCUCAGCAACUCUGAAGUUAUUCGACAAGUUCACAACGGCUUUGCCAGACAGCAGAUGUUUGAGUUUGACGCAAAGUCUUCAGCGAAGGAUGAGGAAGCAUUCCACUUUGUGAGUUAUGUCCCUGUCAACGGCAGGCUCUAUGAGCUGGACGGACUACGUGAAGGGCCCAUCGACCUCGGUGUAUGCAACCAGGACGAUUGGAUCAACGCAGUUCGGCCAGUGAUUGAGAAAAGAAUACAGAAGUACAGUGAGGGAGAGAUCCGCUUCAACCUGAUGGCCAUCGUGUCAGACAGGAAGAUGAUUUAUGAGAGGAAAAUAGCGGAGCUGCAAAUCCAGCUUGCAGAGGAAGAGCCAAUGGACACAGACCAGAGCAGCACCCUCCUCAGCUCGAUCCAAUCAGAAAUUGCCAAGUAUCAGCUGCUGAUUGACGAGGAGAAUCAGAAACUCAAACGAUACAAGAUCGAAAACAUCCGACGAAAGCAUAACUAUCUACCCUUCAUCAUGGAACUACUGAAGACACUGGCAGAAUACCAGCAGUUGAUACCUUUGGUGGAAAAGGCAAAGGAGAAGCAGAGUGCCAAAAAAGUCCAGGAAGCCAAGUGAACACAGUCACUAGUGCUGAGUGAGGGGAGGGGGGGGUUUAUAAAACAACUAAUCGACGACUUCAGUUUAAUUACUUUAAUUACAUUUAGUUUUUUGUGAGCCCAAUGCAGAAAUCAAGUCAUGAACUAUGUGGGACGCUGGUCUGAAGGUAAUUAGAUACACACAGACCCACAAUGACGAGGGAUAGAGACAGUUUGUGAAAGUAUGCCUUAUCUACUUUGAAGAACUAGUCAAAUGAUUUCAUCAGACAGCUCUGCAUCAUAGGCUACUUAGGCAGGCUAGCUAAAUAUGAUGACUAAAGACAGUACAUUAUAGGGAGCACAUAGAUAACGUUACUGGCUGCUUCAGACAGCUACUGCCUGAGCUGAGAUGAGAUGACGACUUUAAGGAAUAAAAGAUGAUAAAGUCAUCAAAUAAAAACUUAGUAAUAUACAGAACUGAAAUAUUGUAUUUCAUAGUAAUUUCCUGUUUUUCCAUUGAUAUCUAGCCAAUGUGGACCUGACAAAGACAAUGGAUUAUUUUUAAUGUUUUGGCAAUUGAAUGCUGACUAUUCUUGGCUUUGGAAUUUCCAUUAAAAAGAUCUAUUUCAUAAUGCAUUUAAUGUUGGAAAAAAUAAUCGAAAAUCGCGAUAUUUUUUAUAAUUGAACCGAAACCGAACCGACCUCAAAAAGCACAAAUCGCUCAGCACUAACACUCACACUCAUCAGUCGUCGUAUUCAUGUGACCCCCUUCCCCACCAUUGUAUCAUGUGAUACCCACCCCCCACAGACAUGAGCACACGGGCAGUGGGAUAGACAAGAACUGUGUUGACUCCCACCCACGUCUACCGCUAAGCUGUAAUGUAUGCCUGGAAAGAUGUUUAAAUGAGCCUGUCUUAUUUUCAUAAUAAAAUGUGUUGUAGUUUGA